AUGGCGCCCCCACAGGCAUCGCUCUCCGCGCCCAACGCCCUCUCCCUGCUCGCGCCCGCUACCGCGACCGCUAGAGUCUCCACCGUGAGGUGGAACAGACUCUCCGUCUCCGUCUCCGUCGCGGCCCGGCCCGUGACCCGGGUGGUGUCUGUCGCUCUCGCGGCCGCGGCGGCGGCGGUGACGGCGCAGAGGAGGCUGGUCGCGGCGGCGGCGGCGACGGAGAUGGCGCCCGCGGCGAGUGGGGAGGAAGGGAGCAAGCCGUUCGUGGAGGAGAUGCGGGCGGUCGCGAUGAAGCUCCACACCAAGGACCAGGCCCGCGAGGGGGAGAAGGAGCCCGAGGCGCCUCCCGUUGCCAAGUGGGAGCCCUCCGUCGAGGGCUACCUCCGAUUCCUCGUCGACAGCAAGCUCGUCUUCCAGACGCUCGAAGACAUCGUCGAACGCGCCGCCGUCCCGUGGUAUGCAGAGUUCCGGAAUACUGGGCUGGAGAGAUCAGAGGCACUCAAAAAGGAUCUGGAAUGGUUCAGGCAACAGGGCCACACAAUUCCAGAACCAUCGGACCCUGGCACCACAUACUCUUCUCUACUGGAAGAGCUGUCUGAGAAGGACCCCCAGGCAUUUAUCUGCCAUUUCUAUAACGUGUACUUUGCUCAUACUGCUGGAGGCCGAAUGAUUGGCAAAAAGGUUUCUGAGAAGAUUCUGAACAAGAAAGAGCUGGAGUUCUACAAGUGGGAGGGCAAUCUCUCCCAGCUGCUGCAGAACGUCCGCAACAAGCUUAACGAAGUUGCUUCAAGCUGGUCUCGGGAGGAGAAGGACCACUGCCUGGAGGAGACGGAGAAGUCGUUCGCCUACUCAGGAGGCCUCCUCCGCCAUAUAUUCACCUGA